AUGAUUACUGGUGCUAGCGUGCAACGUACUGCAUUCUUUUGUAGUAGACGUUUAAACUCCACCGUUACGAAAGAAGUUGCGACCAUUUCCUCAACACUUUACAAGGAUCCAUCGAAAUGGAUCGGUUUGGAUAGUAAAGAUAUCAUAACGUUGCACAAUGAAAGAAAGGCAAGACUAGGGCCCCUAUAUAAGCCUUGCGAAGAAGAGUUGAAAGCAUUGUUACCCACUGCCGAAGCGUCUGGAAUUCCAGCAAAACUUUUCAAAGAGUACUAUCAUAAGACACCUGAAGAAGUUGAGGCAGAAAUGGGCAUUGCAAGAGGUCUAGACGAGCAUGUCAACUUGGAUCAAUAUCAGUUUGAUGAUUUGCCAUCACAAUCACAAAUUUUAGUUCAUCAACAUCGUGAACAACGUUUCUACAAUCGUUUGGCAGCAUUUGAACUUCCUUUACUUGCGCAGUAUCGUCAAGAAUAUAAACGCCCUUCAACAAAGACUCAUCCAGUAGCUUAUCGUUAUACAACAUAUCUUGGUGAAGAACAUCCAAAUUCUCGUAAGGUUGUCUUAUCUGUGAAGACAUCGGAUCUCGGCUUGGAACAGAGGGAACUGCAUAAGCUGCGUCUAUUGGCAAAAACACGUUAUGAUUCUACUACAGAUACUUUGAGAAUGUCUUCUGAUCGCUAUGAAGAACCAGCUCAAAAUGCAAAGUACUUAAACAGCAUUCUUCUAGAAUUACUCAAGGAGGCUAAAGAUUUGAAAGACGACUUUGCUGAUGUUCCUCUCGAUAAAAGACAUAUCAUCGCAAGACAAUUGCGUAAGAAAAAGCGUGGGUACGAGUUCCCAGAAGAGUGGAAACGUCCACAAGAUGCUCCAAGGAAAACAGUGGAUCUUGUUGAGCUAUUACACAAACAGCUUUGA